AUGAGUGACAACGAAAAAAAGCAAGUUGCUAUCAUUUACUUCUCAUUGACGGGUCACUGCGAAAGAAUGGCGAACGAUCUAGCGAACAGUAUCCCCUCCUUUGUCCUAAGAGUUCAUGAGAAUAAAGACCGAAGUGGGUUGAAAGGAUACAUCUCGUCCUUCGGAGAGUCGUUCUUCAAUUCAGACAAUUCACAACACCUCAUUAAAGACGGUCUGAGUGAUAUGGAUAGGUAUAAGGCUUUCAUCUUCGUGGGUCCCGUUUGGAGCUGGGACUUGUGCGCCCCACUCAAAACGGCGUGUAAGGAAAUCAUUAAAACAAUCAUCAAGAGCAAAGAGGAACAACAUGUCUUUCUUGCACUGAGCUAUAAGUUCAGGAAGAACAUCGGUGACAAGAAGACGUUUGAAAACUUCCAAAAAAUCUUUAAGGGGAAGGCGGUAGUCCACGAGAACUAUUUAGCUUGCCAUGAAACCGACUAUGCCAAUGGAUUAUGCAAAGAAAAGGUCGACGACUUUGUUAAGGAGGUCAAUAAUGUUUGUGGCAAAAAGUAG